UCAGGGCAUCCCCUCUCCGGCGCCUAGCAAUUUCAAAUUUUCAACGGGCGGAGACGACGGCUUGAGCAGACCACAAUACAUUUCAACUCCAUACAAAAGCCCAGUGGAUCAUGUCCCGCCUGCCAGUCAUGUCGAACAAGCGGGUCCUCGCUAGCAGCUCGGAGAACGCUCCGGACUCUCAGCCUAUUCAGAAAAGGUUCCGUAAGGACCCAGACCCCAUGAAACCACAAGCUGCUGCCACAAUCAUUGGCACCAGGCGGGCACCUGCGGCAGCAACCGGGCCUCCAGUUUCUAAGCCGAUACGAGGUCCCAGGGCUGCUACUGUUGCCAUGGGUCCUUCAAGGGGCGUCCUCAAAGAGUCUGCAUCUUCAAAUGUAGCAAAGGGAGGGAACAAGGUACCAGGUGUCACAUCAACUGCCACCAAAGCAGGUAAUGGCGGCUCUCGCAGGCAGCCGUGGGACCUGAAGGGCAAGGUCAGCGACAUGGAGGUGAAGAUCCAAAACUACCAGAGCAAGGUGAAAUCUGUCAACCAGGAGAACGAGGACCUGAAGGGAUCCGUGGCUAAGUGUCGCUCCAGAGCGGUCGAAAUGGAUCGAGAGCUUUCCAAACUGAGGAGCCUGAUCAGCACCCAAGAAGAGAAGCUGCAGGCCCUCCUGGGUGUCCAGGACGAGCUAGAGAAGGUGUCCGGCGAGAAGAACACUCUGCAGAAAGCGGUCGCCAACCUGGAGAGCCAAUACAAGGUCAUGGAGACGCUGCGGGACACUCAAGAGACGGAGUUGCAGACUCUCAAGAUGACUCUCUCCGUCAAGGAGUCCACUCUGGCGCGCCUGCAGGUGAGCCUCCGGGACGCCGAGGAGAAUGUCUGCUCUCUCAAGAACACCGUGGCCCAGCAGAGGGAUGACCUUCACGCGGGGGAGAUGGAGCGCCGACGCCUCCACAACACCAUCCAGGAGCUCAAGGGAAACAUCAGAGUCUUCUGCAGAGUGCGCCCCCUGGUGGGCGGAGGCCUCAGCAAUCACAUCCAGCUGCCCCCUGCCAACAACAAGGCCAUCACGCUGGCCAAAAAUGAGGAGUCUCACACAGGAAGGAAUGCUGAGACUCAGAAAAAUUACAACUUCAGUUUCGACCACGUCUUUGGUCCCCAGGCUUCUCAGCAGGAGAUCUUCGAGGAGAUCUCACUUCUAGUGCAGUCGGCGCUGGACGGCUACAACGUCUGCUGCUUUGCCUACGGCCAGACUGGAAGCGGGAAGACUUACACCAUGGAGGGGGCGGAGUUCGACGAGACCCGCGGGGUCAUCCCCAGAGCCGUGCAGCAGAUAUUCCGAGCGGCGGACAAACUGGCAGCGCAAGGCUGGGAGUUCACGUUCACGGCGAGCUUUGUGGAAAUCUACAACGAGACCCUGCGAGACCUCCUCUACACGGGCAAGGCCAGCAAGAGGCCCGAGCACGAGAUCCACAAGUCUGCCAACGAGGUGACCGUCACCAACCUGACCUACCAAAAAGUCACCAACGAGGACCAGGUCCUCGGCUUGAUCGCCUUGGCCAAUCAGAACCGUUCCACGGCUCAGACGGCCCAAAACGACCGCUCGUCUCGUUCCCACUCGGUCUUCCAGCUGGACAUCGAAGGAGCGAACGCAGGCAGGGAUGUCAAAUGCAAAUCAACGCUGUCCCUGGUGGACCUGGCUGGUAGCGAGCGGAUGGUGAAGAGCCAGUCUCAGGGUGAGCGCUUCAAGGAGAUGACGGCCAUCAACGGAUCCCUGUCUAACCUGGGCAUCGUCAUCACCGCUCUGGCCAAGAAGGAUAACUUCAUCCCUUACAGGAACUCCAAGCUCACUUACCUCCUGCAGGGAUGCCUGGGUGGCAACAGCAAAACUCUGAUGUUUGUCAACAUUUCCCCUGAACCGGCCAGUUUCGGGGAAACGCUCAACUCUUUGAGGUUCGCCAGCAAGGUCAACGACUGUGUGAUUGGCACGGCAAGUGUCAACAGGAAGUAGACGCAAGGUCACCACCUCCUCUGCAUCCCUCACCCUGCGCGACCAUGCCACCUUUUCCUUUUAAAUAAUACAAAUGCUUGCUUUCCAUUUUUUUCCUUUUAAAAAUAAACAAUGAAACCACUUUCCUAUUAUUGCAAUGAUUAUAUGCUUUGUUGGGUGAGAACUUAUUGAUCACAAUGCUGUUAGACUUAGGCGUUAACAAAGACGAUGCUGUGUACAUUUGAAGAUGUAAUUGGCUUUUCUUCUAUGUUUGUCAUUACAUGUAUUUUUGACAACGCCCGUCA